AUUUAGUUCAAAAUUGACAUCACAAUCGCAUAAGUCUUCCAAAUCAUAUUAAGUGGCCGAGAAGCAUUGUUGAAUAUUACUUUGAAAGCACGCAGAGGAAGUGCAGUUUGUCCCACAGGGUGCACUUGAUGGUGACAGUAAGGCUGGAGCGGGAAUAGCCGGAGAGCCGAGGCAGGUAAAAGUGUGUAUGUGUGUGUGUGUGCGUGUUUGUAUGAUGAGACAGAAGGGGGUAACGGCGUGAAGAAGAGAGGGAGAGAGGUGAAAGGAGGACAAAGGAGACGAAAAACAGAAGAGAUAACAAAAGGAGGAAAGGAUGUCGGAGCGGAUAGCUUCGUGUGGGAGCCUGUAUGACAGCACCAACCUGCUGCUACAGUACUGCAACAACGAUGACACGGUGUCGGCGAGCAGUAACAUGGACAUGGAGGACCGGGUGUCUCACCUGGAGCAGAGGCUGCAGUUGCAAGAGGACGAGAUCCAGCUGCUUAAGGCGGCUCUGGCUGAUGCCCUGCGCCGGCUCGGCUAUUGUGAGGAGCAGAGCCAAGGGAAGCAACCAGGAGGCGUUCAUGCUGGGAGGAGAUCUCUGGCCACUACAGCUGCAGCACCACCUACGAAGGUGCGACAGCUCCUGCAGGCUCUUCCCUCCCGACCUCUGAGUAAUGGCUACAUUCAACAGAAACGUCUCCUUUCUUCGCCUUCAUCUCCAAAGAAAGAGGUGCUACAGUCUAUAAAGAGAAAGAGUAUGUCCACAGAGCGUCUCACCCUUGUGAGGAGAGAGAUGGGGGCGGAGAGUCGGAGUCGAACAACAUCCUCCAGCAGCUCCUCUGGUGGCAAAGGUAACAGCCUUUAUCUGAGGGAUGGUGUGAAAAUAUAA